GUACGUGCGAGCAAGAUAGCCAACAAACUGUCCAGUGAGAGGCCGGCGAGAGCGAGACGGCCGAUCGGUGUGCGAACGAAAAAAAAAACAAAGAUACUCGCCCAGAGCAGUUGGCUACCUGCCUGGGCAGCAUAUAAGCGUGUGUGCGAGUGCGAGAGAGUAAAUAGCGACCGACGCGAGCAGAGUACAUAAACGAAAAGCAGCGUGGUCGUCAGUCGGAAAAAAAUACUCAAAGCGAACGGACGUGUGCGGUCGGUUUGUCGACUUUCUUACUUUUAUCGCUAAUCAAACAGAGUGAAGCGACCACUGAAAAUAACCGAGCAUAAAACGUGUGUUUAUAUUACAACAGCAAGCCAAAAGCUAAAGCUUGAAAAUAAUAUUACAAAUAAAAAGGAAAAUUUGAAAGUGAAUUUCCUUUGUGUGACCAAAUGCCGAGGCAGCAAUAACAACAACAACGUCUGCUGCCUUAUGUACGAAGCGCGCGCGUGUGUGUGUGUGCGCGCAGAAACAUAGAGCAAAGCAUAAUACACAAUAAAGGUGCCCACGAAAGCAGAGCAGCCGAAAGUGCCAGCGCGUGUUUGUGUGGCUUGCCUGCAGUUUGAGAAGUGAAGAAGUAAAAAUAAAAUAAGAAAUAAAGUGAAGUACGGUGAAGAGAGAGGGAAAGAGGAGCGAAAACGCUGACUCAAAACGCUGAUGCUCCGAUACUCUGUGGAUUAUUUACUUGGAUUAUUACCCUGCCAUUGGAUUAUAUAUGUAUACAAGGCGACCACCGCGAUGCCAAUUAACUGGCUGGAUUAUUAGUGGAUUAAAAAUUGGAUUCCGAGAUUGACGCUUGUGCGAAAAACAAAAGCGAAUUUUAGCAGCGCGAGAGUAUUAUUUACUAUGAUGACGCCAGAGUCGAAAGCAAUAUCGCCAACAGCAGCAACAACAACAAAAGUAACUGAAGCAACAGCAGCAACAACAACAACAAUGGCCCAUACACAACAAAAGUCGCAGUUGUCAACGUUGGCAAAGGCAACAACAACAGCAGCAACAGAAACAGCGACAACAACAGCAACUAAGGUGGCCAAAAGCGUUGUCAGCAAUGCAAAUAGCAAUGGCAACAAUUCAAGCAAAAAGCUGGCUUUGUCUCAGAAAACAACAGCAACAACAACAGCAGCGGGAACAACUAAUGCUGAUAAAAUGCAAAAGCAACAGCAACUAAAGCAGCAACUUUUUGCUGCCUGCAGCAUUAAAGUAAAAAGUGAAAACACAUUAGCAACUGCUACAACGGCUGCAACAACACUUGCCACCGGCAAAGCAGCAAAAACAAUAUUAGAAAACAGCAUCAAGAAGGAAUCAACGCCUCCGGGAGCGGAAUCCCUUGAGACCGCCGCCUCCUCCUCCUCGUCUUCGUCCUCCUCCUCCACCUCAUCAUCAUCAUCUUCUUGGUCCACGACCAGGAGAGCCCCAUCAGAGGAUGCCAGCACCUCCGCCGACGAGGAGAAGACGGAGGAGGAGCAACAGGCAGCGGCGUCUUCAACGGCGACAACGACUUCCGAUUUGGCCACAACUUCAAGGCCACGCCCCGUCCUCUUAACGGCCGUCAAUCCGCACAUCAUCUGUCACCUGUGCCAGGGAUAUCUGAUCAAUGCCACCACCAUCGUCGAGUGUCUGCACUCCUUCUGCCACAGUUGCCUCAUUAAUCACCUGCGAAAGGAGCGAUUCUGCCCGCGCUGCGAGAUGGUCAUCAACAACGCCAAGCCGAACAUCAAAUCGGACACCACGCUCCAGGCGAUUGUCUACAAGCUCGUGCCGGGCCUCUACGAACGGGAGCUGAUGCGCAAAAGGGCCUUCUACAAGGAUCGUCCACAGGAGGCGGCGUUGGCCACGCCCGAGCAGCGGGGCGAUGACACGGAACAUCUGAUCUUCAGUCCCUCGGAUGAUAUGUCGCUGUCGUUGGAAUACGCCGAAUUGGGUGAACUGAAAAUCGAGUCCGAGUCCGAGUUGGUGGACACACUGCGUCCACGAUACCUUCAAUGUCCGGCCAUGUGCCGAGUGAGCCACCUGAAGAAGUUCGUCUACGACAAGUUCGAGAUCGAUGCCCAGCGCUUUAGCAUCGACAUUAUGUACAAGGUCAAGACAAUCGUCCUGCUGGACUACUACACUCUGAUGGACAUUGCGUACAUCUACACGUGGAAGCGGGAUGCACCCAUGCGGUUUUACUACCGUGUUUAUGAGUCGCCCCAGCCGCUGGUGAAGCCCGCUCCUCGCCGAGUGCUACCACUGAAGCUGGAGAAGCACGAGAAGGAGAAUCAGGAACAACAGCUGGCAGUGGAAGCAUCUUCUCCGAAGGCGGAACAAGCGCCCUUGCCAGAGGUUCAGACUUCCAUUAAAGUGGAGCAGCAGGAGGCCAUCAAGGAAGUAGUGAAAGAGGUGGUCAAAGAGGCGACUGCUCCACCACCCACGACGGAGCCACUCAAGCUGGUGAUCAAUCGAACUAUGCUGGAGAAGCGCGAGAAGAGUCACUCCCCACAGACGAGCUCGAAGUCGUCCUCGAAGAACUCCCCCUCUACGCCCGUUUCUUCGCCCUCAGAGCCCAAUAUCAAGCUGAAGAUCGAUCUGUCCAAGCAGAACAGCGUGACCAUUAUCAAUAUGUCUGAUCCUGAGCGCAGAGAGAUUGUGAAGCCCCUCAAGCCCGAGAAGGAGUCAAGGUCGAAGAAAAAGGACAAGGACGGCAGUCCCAAGUCGUCGAGCAGCUCCAGUUCCAAUUCAAGUGGAGAGCGCAAGCGCAAGAGUCCCAGCCCAUUAACGGUUCCUCCAUUGACCAUUCGCACAGAACGCAUCUUGAGUCCAAGUGGCGUGAGCACCCUGAGUCCAAGGGUCACCAGUGGAGCUUUCUUAGAGGAUCCCAAGUCGGAGUUCCUCAAAUCCUUUGCUCUGAAGCCCAUCAAGGUAAAGGUUGAAUCCCCGGAGAGGAUGACCAACAGCAGGGCCAUUACCCCGCCCUCGGGUGCUUCGCAGAAGUUACCGUCACCAAAAUCUAAGGGUAAUUUGGACGAUAGCGUGCUGAUGAAACCGCCCAGCUGUAUGCCGCCAAAAUCGAUUGCUUCCUCGAAGAGAAAGAGCAAGGACCCAGUGAAGGCGGUGUCCAAGAAACCGAAGCUAUCGCCCCCACUCCCGACGGUGGACUUUAAGAUACGCCUACCUGCCACCAAUGGCAAUCCUCCAGCUUCGGCGACUCCCAAGAUAGAAAAACCACUGAUGCCGCCGCCUUCGAAGCCACCAAUGUUGGCUCCCCGGAAGCUCCAACCCUCCUCCCAGUUUGCUACGCCUCCAUCGCCAAUGCAUCAACAUGCCGGAGUGCAGAUGUCAGCUCCUGGCAACCGGACGCCUAUCGCCAAGCGUUAUCAGCCCAUUCUGCCAAAGGCUUCGCGACCGAAUCCGUUUGCCAAUAUUCCAAAUGAUGUCAAUCGCCUGCUCAAGGAUGCUGGAACCGAAAUUAAGUCGAUUGGCAGCGGAUCGGGAGAGAGUACCAGUAGCCCUGCCCAGAAGUCGCAUGUGUAUGGACCCAAAGGCGACGCAAAGAUGGGGCCACCGCCUUCGCCAGCGAUCUCCGCUAACGGAACAGCUGCACCUCAGGGUAACAGAAGUCUUGGAAAGCAGGGAAGCAAUUCGCAGAUGUCAGCUCCCAACAAGAGUAACAGUGCCAACAACUAUCUGAAUCUGGCGCUGUUCAAUUCCAGCAAGUCCAAGGGCAAGGAGGCGCCUCCUGGCUGCCGCACUCCCAUGUACACGCCCAAUUCGCCCAUCUACUCGCCCAGCUCGCCGCAGUAUGUGCCCAGCUACAAUAUCCCAACGAUGCCCACCUACAAGUACACGCCAAAACCAACGGGAAAUGCCGGAACUGGUAGCGGUGGUGCCGGCAGCUACCUGCAGAACAUGCUAGGUGGCGGCAGUGGGGGAUCUCUUGGUGGACUGUUUCCCUCACCGCCCACCAAAUCCGAUCAGAAUACCAAUCCAGCUCAAGGAGGUUCAUCUUCGGCUUCCCAAACGGGAGGCCACGGAAAUGCGAAUGGCAAUCUCUACCUGCCCAAUGAAGAUGCACCCGAGAAGCAGCAGGUGAAGGUCAAGUCGCUGCUCAACUCUUGCAACAUCAAUAUCCCCUCUUCGCUUUCGAUCACCAUCUCUCGGGACAAUGGAGAUCCCUCGUCACCCAGCAAUGGACAGCAUCCCAAGCACAAGAGUCCGGUUAAUAACUACAUUGAGAUUGUUAAGCUACCUGACCAGCCACAGGAUCAGGGUCAAGCCGCCAAGGAGGCCCAGAAACGACAGUCGCCACCUGCUGCAGGACAAGGACCGCAGCCCGCCAAAUUGCCACCUCCGCCGCCAUCCAAGGCAAUUCCUUCGCCGCAGCACUUAAUGUCGCGCAUGACGCCGCCACAGUUGCCCCAAGUAGCCACCCCUCCGCCUCCAAGUGCUCCUCGUGUGAUCACUCCACCAAAAUCCUCACCUCCUGCCAAUGCCGCCAAGGGAACGCCUUUGAAGCCAGUGCUUACGCCCACGCAGGGUGAUAAAAAGACACCCAGCCCGGAGAAGCGAAAUGCAGCCCAAAUGGGUAGUCAUUCACCAACGGCCAGUGAAAACAAGUCGCCCAAAGGAGGAGCAAAUGCGGGAACGGCCACCCAGAAUGGAGAUCCGGCGGCCAAGAAGUUCCGGCCCAUCCUGCCCCGCCAGAAUGCCAUGCCUGAGUUGGCGCCCAAGUUGCCAACGCUGGCGCCUCCCUUCGGUUUCAAUCCACCCCUAAAUCCAGCCACCGGCAAGAAGGUGCCGCCUAGCAAGAAGUCACCGAAUGCUGGAGCCACUGGCCACCAGCCUGGUCAGCAGAAGCUAGCGAACGGAGGAUCACAGCAGCAGGCGCCGCAGAAACCCAGUCCACCCCAAAAGAACCCACAGCAGGGUAAAAAGGUGUCCAAAAACCCAACGCCACCGCCUCCAUCCCUGCCAGGAAUGGGCAAAAUGUUGCCCCAUCCCGUCAUGCACAGCCAGAAUGCGCCGCUCAGCAUUGCCUCUAGUGCCAGUGCUGCGGCAGUCGCCUCCGGACAACUGGACCUGACCAACUUCAUCAAGGAGAACCUGAUGAGGGUGCAAGCGGCGCAGGCUGCCCAGGCGGCGGCCGCUGCUAACCAGUCGAAUAUGAUGUACAACUUUGCCCAAAUGGGUCACAUGUCCCCGGCGAUGUACGGCUACCAGCAGGCGUAUCUCAUGGAGCAGUUGUCGCGGAUGCAGCGCGCCGGAAACGAGGUGUUCAACGAUUACCUGCAGAAGCUAAAGAGCGCCGCCGUCGCCGGUGGAGCAGGAGGUGGAGGGCCGGCUGAAGGAGAGCUAAAGCCGAUGCUACCCACUGUGACGUUGCCCAGUCCAGGAGCCACUCCGGCGGCAGCCAGCCCCAAAACAUCACCCCUGCCUGUAGGAAAACUUGCGGCAGCGGCAACGGCGCCCCAAACCAAGGGAAACGGCAGCAGUGGAGCGAGUGCACGGCAACAGACGGCGGCCACCGGCAACAACGGGGCAACAGCCUCUGCCGCCUCCUUGCCACCGGCCACCAAGAGCAAGUGAAGGAGUGGAGUAGUCGCUGCUGCAACCCCCCACGUAGCUCUAAUUAAUUUUUAAAGACCUUGUUUUAGUUAUUCAUUUACGUUACCCGUUCGUUCGUUGGUGCUUUAUCAGAGCCCACGACCAGAACCAAUUCCUCGCCCUAAUUACGGUGGCACGAAAUCCAACCCCUGCACCUGGGGGUGGAUUCUCUUCACCCAAAAAAUGUUACGCAUCUAGCCGAGUGUAAACUGCCCUUGGUAGUAAGCCGGCGCUCUGUAAAUAUAUAUUAAACCAUGCAGAUAUCUAGAUCUAAGCAGUGAUGUUGAAUUGUAUUAAAAAAAUAAAAGAAAGGAGGAUAAGACAGCGAUUCAGAAUCGAUAUAUAUGCAGAUAUACGAAUUAUAUUUAUUCAUUUCCGUAAGCUAAGUUAAACCUAAGUGUAAAUACCAGCUGUAAUAUACCAUUUUGUAUAAUCUUUUCUACGUAAAAUCAAGCGGAAAAAUAGAAAUCUAAUUUA